CCAAGAAGACACUCUUGAGUUCACAAGCAGAGAACCGCUCUAUAUCUUCUCCGACGAUCGUCUAGGGUUUCUCCAUCUCCGGUGCAUGCUAUGAGCGCUCUCAAGAGACCCUUCGAUGGCGAAGACUCCACGGUGGAGCCCAAGAAGCAAUGCAAGGACUUCGAACCCCGGAGUUACCAGGUGGAAGUUUUUGAUGUUGCUGUCCGGAGGAACACGAUCGCCGUGCUGGAUACGGGUGCCGGGAAGACUAUGAUCGCCGUGAUGCUCAUCAGGCAUUUCAUCGACGAGGCUAUGGCCACUGGAGAUGGGCGGCGUGUUGUCUUCCUUGCUCCCACUGUCCACCUUGUCACUCAGCAAUAUGAGGUGAUAAAGCUUCAUACGGGGCUUGAGGUGGAGUGUUACUACGGGGCAAAGGGGGUGGAUGAUUGGAACGUUGAACGCUGGGAGAAAGAGAUCUCUUCAAACCAAGUAUUGGUUAUGACCCCUCAAAUAUUGUUAGAUGCCUUUAGGAAUGCUUUCUUAAAAUUGGAUAUGGUGCAUCUAUUAAUCUUUGAUGAGUGCCACCGUGCCACUGGUGGCCAUCCUUACAGCCGAAUUUUAAAGGAAUUCUACCACAACUCAAUAUGCAAACCGCAUGUGUUCGGAAUGACUGCAUCUCCUGUUAUAAGAAAAGGCGUCUCAUCAGCAAUGGAUUGUGAAAAUCAGAUCUCUGAACUUGAAAGUGUUCUAGACUCGAAGGUCUUUACUGUAAGAGACAGAAGCGAAAUUGAUCUCUUUGUUCCUGAAGCUAAAUACGUCAAUAAAUAUUACAAUCGUAUGGUUUUUACUCAUGAAGGUUUGAAGAUGAAGUUGGGAUCAAUAUGGAAUAAGUGUGAUGCCUUAAUGGCACAUUUACAAGAGAAAACACUAGAUCAAUACAAAGAUACCCAUGACAUGAUUAAAACGUCAAGAAAACGAUUGUCCAGUUCCCAUGCGAAGAUCUGCCAUUGCCUAGAUGAUCUUGGUCUAAUCUGUGCUCUUGAGGCAGCGAAAGUGUGCGUGGAAGUUCUUAGUCUUCAUUCAGAAUGUUGUGAAUUUUCAGUGGAAACCUAUGAUGUCUAUAAAUCUUUUACUGAGGAAGCAUUAAGCACAAUUGCAGAAAGCCUUCCAAAUGAUUAUGAGUCAUUGCUGAAGACAGAAGAUGGAUGUUUAGGAGCCAUUCAAUUUGGCUAUAUAUCUCCCAAAUUGCACGAGUUAAUUAAAAUCUUCCAAUCGUUAGGGAUAUUAAAUCAAGUCCAAUGCCUUAUAUUUGUUGAGAGGAUUAUUACAUCCAAAGUGAUAGAGCGUUUCAUUAGGAAAAUAAGCUAUUUGUCUCACUUUACAGUCUCGUAUCUGACUGGAGGGAGUUCUUCGGCAGAUGCUCUAACCCCAAAGAUGCAGAAGGAAACUUUGGAUUCAUUUCGUUCGAGGAAGGUUAAUUUAUUAUUUACCACUGAUGUGGCUGAGGAGGGAAUUCAUGUUCCAGAUUGUUCAUGUGUGAUCCGCUUCGAUUUGCCAAAAACAGUUAGAAGCUAUGUGCAAUCAUGUGGACGAGCUCGAACUGCAGAUUCUCAAUUUGUUAUAAUGUUAGAACGCGGGAAUGUCCAGCAAAGGGAGCUGUUAUUUGAUAUCAUUAGAAGCAGGCAUUCUAUGAUUACUACCGCUUUGAAUAGAGAUGCAGAUGCUUGGAACUCGCAAGUGACUUUUAAUGAGACGAAAGAGUCCUAUCAUGUCGAAUCGACUGGAGCAACUUUAACUGCUGAUUCAAGUAUCAGUCUUAUCUAUAGAUACUGUGGAAAGCUUCCUAGAGAUAAGUAUUUCACUCCAAAACCAGUGUUCCAGUUCUCCAUGUAUAAUGGAUGCUUCCAGUGCACAUUAACUUUGCCUCCUACUGCUGCAUUUCAAACAAUACUGGGUCCAAUUGGUGGAAAUUCACACAUAGCAAAGCAGCUUGUGUGCUUAGCUGCCUGUAAAAAACUUCAUAACUUGGGAGCACUAAAUGAUCAUCUUCUCCCUGUCAUUAAAGAGCAUACGGAAGUUAAAGUCAAUGAGAAAGAAAAAGCAUCUGCUUCUGGUGCAGGAACAAAAAAAAGGAAAGAACUUCACAGUACCGCCACCAUUUCUUCUUUGUCGGGGACUUGGGCAAACAAGAGAGACGGUAUCAUCUUGCAAGGAUAUAACUUAACUUUUUCAUGUGAUCUAGUUGGACAGUAUUAUUGUAGCUUUAUUUUAUUGGUGGAUGCUAUCCUUGAUGAAGAUGUUGCUUGUACUGAAAUGGAUCUUUACUUACUUAACAAGAUGGCAAAAGCUUAUGUUCGUCCAUGUGGGCCAGUUACAUUGGACAUGGAACAGGUGGAGCAAGCAAAACUGUUUCAGGAGUUUUUCUUCAAUGGAUUGUUUGGCAAAUUGUUUACAGGCUCCAAAUCUGGCGGACAAAGGAAAUUUUUGCUUAAUAAUAAGGAAUCUUUGUGGAGCACUUCAAACAUGUAUCUUCUUUUGCCCCUUGAAACUUCAGUUAUUGGACUUAAUGAAUCCUUCAACAUUUACUGGAAGGCAAUUUGUGCAACUGUUUCAGUUGUAGAAUUUAUGAGGAAUAUUUAUUCAUCUGGAGCUGAGUUUUCAGAAGCUCUUAAUUCUUGUCCGUCAAGAACUGAAUGUGGUGCAUCAGAUAUGAUCCAUUUGGCUGAUAAAUCUGUAGACCAACGGAGCCUUAAAGAUAUGGUGGUUCUUGCUAUCCACACAGGGAAAAUUUAUUCUGUUCUUGAUGUGAUCUCUAAUUCCUCUGCAGAUAGUCCAUUUGAUGGAAAUUCUGAUAAAUCAGUUUGGAUGACGUUUUCAGAUUACUUCAAAAAGAAGUAUGGAAUUGUGCUGCAGCAUUCAGGACAACCGUUGUUGUUGUUAAAGCAGAGCCAUAAUCCUCACAACCUUUUAUCUUCAAAAUCUAAAUGUAAAGGUGAUAAAAGAACUAAUAAUGGUGGUCAGAAUCAUGUCCGCAUGCCUCCAGAGCUCGUAGCUCACAUUGAUAUUCCAAUAAAUGUCCUAAAAUCAUUUUAUUUGCUGCCAUCGCUAAUGCACCGAUUGGAAUCACUGAUGUUAGCUAGCCAGCUGCGAAAGGAAAUUGCUUUUAAUUAUAUUGAUUCCUCUAUAUCAAGUGCACUGAUUCUUGAAGCAAUCACAACAUUAAGAUGUUGUGAGGACUUCUCCUUGGAGCGCUUAGAACAUUUGGGGGAUUCUGUAUUAAAAUAUGCUGUGAGCUGCUAUCUCUAUGUGAAAUAUCCUGAAAAACAUGAGGAUCAAUUGAGCUCAUGGAGGUCAAACCAAGUUUCUAAUGCUACACUUCACAAACUGGGAAUUAAUCGCAAUGUGCAGGGUUACGUCCGAGAUGCUGCAUUUGAUCCUUGUCGUUGGGUUGCUCCUGGGCAGAUUUCUUUGCAUCCUGUGCCAUGUACAUGUGGAGUGGCUACUUCCGAAGUACCCCAAAAAGUGAUCUAUGAGAAAGAGGAUAAAACAAUUGUGAUAGGGAAGGCUUGUGACAAUGGACAUAGAUGGAUGUGCUCAAAGACAAUAUCUGAUUGUGUUGAGGCUCUGAUAGGAGCAUAUUAUGUUGGUGGUGGAUUAUGUGCUGCCCUUGCGAUACUAAAAUGGUUUGGCAUUGAUUCUGAAUUUGAGCCAGAAAUGUUUGAGGAAGCUGUGAAAGCCAUAUCUAUGCGUAGCUAUCUUUUGAAAAUUAAUGAGAUUCAAGUCUUGGAGGCAAAACUUGGAUAUAAUUUUAAUGUCAAAGGUCUUCUAUUGGAGGCCAUAACUCAUUCUUCCAUCGGGGUUGACUACUGCUAUCAGCGGCUUGAAUUUUUAGGAGACUCUGUGUUAGACUUGCUCAUUACCUGGCACCUUUUCACUGCCCAUGAAAACCUUGAUCCCGGGGAAUUAACAGAUUUAAGAUCUGCAUCAGUUAAGAAUGAGAACUUUGCCUUGUCUGCAGUCAGACAUAACCUUCAGCAGCAUCUUCAGCAUAGUUCUGGGUUUCUUUUAGCACAAAUAACAGAAUAUGUCAAAGGAAUUCAGGAAAUGCAUGGGAGCAAGGACUCGCUUUUCUGUAAAAGCUCUAUUAAAGGGCCCAAGGUUCUUGGAGACAUGUUUGAAAGUAUUGCUGGAGCUAUUUUAAUAGAUACAGGGCUUAAUAUGGAUAAAGUAUGGCAAAUUUUCAAACCACUACUUUCUCCUAUUGUAACGCCAGAUAAUUUUGAACUUCCUCCAAUGCGGGAAUUGAGUGAGUUGUGCAGUGAACUUGGAUAUUUCUUAGCUGUGAAGUGCCUUGAGGAUGGAGAAUAUGUGGUUGCUGAGCUCGAAGUACAACUAGAGGUUGUUUUGUUGGCAAGACGAGGGCGUGAGAAGAAUAAAAAAGCUGCAAAAGCACAAGCAGCUAUCCUUUUGCUGAAGGACAUGGAGGAGAAAGGACUCUCUCAUUCUCGACAUCCCUCUAAAAGGAGAGUGAUUGAAGAGAGAUCUGUUGGUGAAGAAAAUUUUGUAGCUUCCCCUGUUCAAAAUGUUUGUGCAGUAUCUCCCACUGUUGCUGAAUCAGUCAAAAAUGACAAAACAAGUGAUUCAGAUCCCAGGCCACCAGUGAAUUUAUCAGUUAAAAUGAAGAAAGGAGGUCCUCGGAGUGCAUUGUAUGAGCUCUGUAAAAAAUCCCUAUGGCCUAUGCCUAUCUUUGAAUCAACAGAAGAGAAAUCAAGUACAUCACCCAGUGUGGGUAAAGGAGAAAGAAAUGGUCAUCUGAGUUUUGUGUCAAGUGGUAAGUUGCAUCUCCCAGAUGGCAGGAGCAUCAAUUGUGUCGGUGAGAGGCGUGCAGAUAAGAAGAGUUCUCAGGACUCUGCAGCAUUGGCCUUGCUCUAUGAGCUGCAGAAACAGGGAAGAUGCUGUGUUGUUGAAGUCUAACAUUCACAGGUAUUUGUGUUUUUAAUAACAUUUUAGAUUAUGUGUACAUAUAGUGUUUCAAGAUAAGUUUUUUUAUAUACGGCCAUGUAAGAUAGGAUGGGUCUUGUUAAUUAUCAAGGUCACAGUGCAUUGCUAAGAAUAAAUAUAUAUAGAUAGUCAUCAGAUGGGUCUUGUUAAUUAUCAAGGUCACAGUGCAUUGCUAAGAAUAAAUAUAUAUAGAUAGUCUUCAGUUUGGUGGUAUGCCAUGUUGUAUGUUGUAUGAGACAAAUGGAAAUCUUCCGAGCAGUGCUUUUGUAUUAAAUGACUAUGUUUAGCUGCCUUUUCAAAUUAAUGACAAGCUUGUCUCAGUGUUUAGUA